AUGAGUUAGUGAACUCGAAGGAGUGCGAGUGAAAUGUUGACCCAAAGCUUGAAGGUUGGAGAAAAAUUGAUAUAAUUGUUCCAAUUGUUCAGAGUUAAAUGUACCUAAAACACAAUUAUUUUCCUUAGAAUUUUCAGCUGAGUUAAUUGAUACUUGAUAGCCUCGAUUUAUAGUACUUUGUCUUGGUUUCCAAUCGGUGGGCUUUUCAUGUUUAUCUCAACAAGUAUCUUCCUCGUGUCUUGGUUUACGAUAGUAUCUGCACUAAGGUCUUCCUCUUUGUUUUGGUCUUUUUGAAAGAUUUAUUCCAAGCUCAAUAUGUCCGGUUUCACUUGACCCGUUAUAGAAUUUUUUCUGGCCAUCCAUUCGUUCCAUUAGUGCUUGACACGUUAGGCCCAAUACUUACAAGCCCAGUAUUCUUCUUCAAUCUAGUAGGCCCGUAACCAGAAGACCCAUGCUAAUUUCCUUUCAACACCAUCGCAAACGCUCCAUCGCGAUGUCAAAAUCACUGAUCUUCAACAUGAUUUUCCAACGAGUUUCUUCUCUUCUGAAAAAGCUUCUAAAGUAGAUGGUAGGGGUUGCUGGCCUAAGAUUCUCCCCCUUCAUCCAGUUCGCAAUUGAGACCCGCAAGAAAUUCAAAGAGCCACUCAUUUUCGACCAUCUUCUUGUAGCGCACGCUGUCACCGGGGCAAUCCCAUUCCUCAACAAAGCUAAGGUCGAGUUCUUGCCACAAAUAAGUCAUCUCCAAGUUCCUGUCACUGCUUCCCAUACCUCCUUUGUUGUCGGCAGAAGUAGGGAAGUUUUACCUAUGGAUGGAAUCAUGGAAUUUAUGAGCCAUGCUAUUAUCAUGGCGUUCUCAAAUUUCUACUUCUGAAUAAGAGUGGUUUCAGUCGGCUGCUUGGUGUCACCGAUGAGGUCACCCAGUUAUCCUUUUUCUUCAAUUAUUAAUUUGAUAGAUUGAGCCUAUGCUUAAAAAUUCCUUACGUUCAAUUUUUUGAUAGAGAGUUGAAAAGAAGGAUUUUCGAAAUUGUUGGAGCCCAUCGAGGGGAUAAUUUCCGUCUCACUUUGAGAAGAUU